GACAGCCCCUUCUCUUGUCCGCACCACUUCUCAUUGUCUUUUCCUUCAUCAAACGCACCAUGCUCAGAGACGAUCUAUGCAUCACCGUUCCCACCUUUUUCAGGUGCCCUAUCUCUCUCGAUGUAAUGAAAUCCCCUGUCAGCCUCUGCACCGGAGUCACCUACGACCGCUCCAGCAUCCAACGCUGGCUAGACAGCGGCAACAACACUUGCCCCGCCACCAUGCAGCUCCUCCGCACCAAAGAUUUUGUUCCUAACCGCACCCUACAAAACCUCAUCCAGAUCUGGUCCGAUUCGCUCCUCCACCCACCCGUUUCCGAACCGCUCCCUUCUCCGGGCCAAAUCAUCCAAGCCGUCGCCGACUUGGACACUGAGCACCGCUUCGGUUUGCUAUCGAAAAUUUUUCACUUCGCUCAACAUUCUCCAGAAAACAAACUCUUCCUUGCCAAAAUAGAAGGUUUCGUGAACCAAUUGAUUCGUUUUCUCGACAAUGUCGGCGCCGGAGUAACCGGUAGCGUUGAAUUUCUCGAGCAAGUCGUCAAGUUGUUGGAUUUGAUUCUCGAUAGCAUCGAAGAUCCCGAGGGAUUCAAAAACUCUAUGUUGAAGGGAAAGAACAAGCAGAGCUUAGAUUCUCUGCUUCUCGUUCUGCAACGAGGAAGCUCCGAUUCGAAGAUUGCCUCCGCUAGGGUUCUGCAAUUCAUCGCCGUGGACGCCGAGUCAAAGCUUUUGAUCGCCGAGAAGGAAGGUUUGGUCACCGAAUUGCUACAAUCGGCGAAGCCGGAGAAAGAUCCGGCGUUGAUCGAGAACGCUUUGGCGAGCCUGGUGGCAAUUUCAGCGCCGAAACGGAACAAGUUGAAGCUGGUGAGUCUUGGAGCGGUGAAGACGUUAUCGAAAUUACUAACCGAGUCGAAUUUAAGCGUGGCGGUGGUGGAGAAGGUGCUGAAGCUGGUGGAAACGGCCUCGUCGACGAGGGAAGGGAGGAGGGAGAUAUGCGAGGACGAAGCGUGCGUGGCGGCGAUACUGAACAAGGUUCUGAAGGUGUCGAGCGUGGCGACAGAGCACGCGGUGACGACGCUGUGGAGUGUGUGCUAUCUGUUUCGGGAUCGCAAUGCACAGGAAGCGGUUACGCAGGGCAACGGUUUGACCAAGAUUCUGUUACUGAUGCAGAGUAAUUGUUCGCCUCAGGUGCGCCAAAUGUGCACUGAUUUGCUCAAGAUUUUUCGGGUUAACUCAAAGUCAUGUCUUUCUUGCUACGACACCAAGACCACGCACAUCAUGCCGUUUUGAAGCUAUCCAAGACAGGACACGUAAUUAAAAAGCUUGUAAAUCAAACCAAAUUUUGAUAGUCCAUAGACAGAUGAAAAACAAAUUCAAAUGAAAAAAAAGGGGAAAAUUCAUUUGAAGCUUGUUACUAAUUCGUGUGUUGAAAUUUCGAAUAAUUGAAAAGAAAAGAAUUGCUUCUCUUACAAAUUUAAGCGCAAGUUAGGUUGCUAAUUUUGAUAAAUAGAAUCGGCACUAUAUUUGG